AUGGCCCGCGAGCAACAGAAGGACCUUGCCCAGAAGUUCAUCGAUGCCCAGUCCAACUAUGACACCGAUGCCAUGACUUCCGUUUUGGCCUCGGACGCCAAGCACGACCUCCUCCCCUCGUCUCUGGGCGUGCCGUCCAAGGACAACGCCGGCAAGGCCGAGAUCACCAAGAAGAUGGGUUCCGCCCUCGGCGGCAAGGCUGUGCCGAUCAAGGUCCUCCAGACCAUCCAGGACGUCGAGCAGCGCAAGUGCGCCAUGUUCAUCUCGAAGGAGUACGAGUUCGGCCCGGUGCAGUCCUUCUUCGUCCUCAACUUCAACGAGGACAACUCCAAGAUCACCCACACCGUCGAGUUCGUCAACGCUGAGGCGCAGAAGAAGCUCAUGGCCAAGAUGGGUUAA